AUGGAAUCAAAUGGCCCACAAAAAACCCCAGUGAAGUCGCUGUGGCACGUGGUACGUGCGGUUUACUACAUGCUGCUGAAGGGGGUGUGGAAGCGCAGUCUGGCGCUCGACCUGCACCUGCUCUUCAAGCGCGGGAAGAUUGCCGGCGGGCGGGCGCUGUCGGGGCUCCUGACUGCCCACCACCACCACCAGCACAACCACCAGCACCACAGCCACGAGCGGAGGACUGCCGCAUUCGACGUGGCGGCAUUCUCUUCGGCCUUCUCCUGCCGCUCCAUGGACGCGGCCAACGCCGUCUACGCCCCGCGCGAAGUCGAGUUCAGCUGCAACAACACCCCCUCCUUCCCCUUCCUCCACCGAAAAGACCGCCACCAGCAUCGCCACCGCCACCGUCACGGCCACCGCGACAGCGGCAGCAGCAGGCGCGACUCCACUCUCUACAGCUACGACGCCGCCGCCAUCGCGAAGGUGUUCGAGGUGCUCAACUCGGACUCCUCGCCGUCGACGUCGACGUCGCCCGCGUUGUUCGCGAGGAGCCCGCACCGGGUGCGGCAGCUGCGGGUGACGGACUCGCCGUUUCCGGAGGAAUUGGAGGAGGAGGAUUUGGAGGUGGGGGGUGGGGGAGUGGAUAUGGAGGCCGAGGAGUUUAUACGCUGGUUUAGGGAGCAGCUACGCUCGCAAACGCAUGGCACAACUCCGGAAUACGGAUAUGGUGAUCAUUGGUUGUGA